CUCCCUUUCAAAAUGUUGCCCAUGUACAGAAACACGCUUUGCAAGGUGCGCGCAACACCCACCAGCUUACGCAGCAUUACACAGGCACGGUGGAAUGCCACCUCGGCAAAUGACGAAGGAGACAAUACCCCAGAGACAUCAAACGCUAAUAACAACAAGGAGACGUCUGCCAAUGUCACCGGUAUUUUCAACAUUUUGAGCGACGCCUCUCAACGCAACAAAACGCUUUUCAGCAGUGGAGUCGACGACGUAAAAAGUGCCUUGAGCGAUUCCAUGCAACGACAAAAGCAAAAAGACGCACAGACUAGUGAUUCGGACAAUUUCGAUAUGGGUCUCCUUGCUCGUUCCUUGGCUCAUGUGACCCAAGAAUUCCACCAACUUCACAUUAACGCUACACCCAACAACACCAUUCUCACACUGACACGACCCAACGGCUCGCCUCUGAUAACUACAUCUGGAGGCUCUGCAGGAUUUAAAAAGGCAGCACGCAGCGGUUACGAAGCAGCCCAUCAAGCAGCAAUCCAGUUAUUGGAAAAGAAACAGAGCAAGAAUUUGCAGGUGAACAAUAUCCAUAUCAUCCUCAAGGGAUUCGGUGCAGGUCGUGAGGCUGCUUUCAAGGCAUUGAUUGCUGGCGAAAAGUGGAAUGUCAAGCGACUGACCGAUGCAACCCCGGUACCAUUUGGUGGAUGUCGACCAAAGAAGGCCAGACGUCUUUAAAUAGUAAAAAGAGCUCAGCAGUUGUUUAAUAAUUUGUAUUUCUCACUACAUUCAUCCCUCUACAUCCCGUUCAACCCCAUCUUCCGUAAACAUACACACAAAAUUACAUAAAAUAUCAACUAGAACAUCUGUAUUUAUCUUCACUAUACAUGGUUGGAUUUUUGGAGGGC